AUGGACUUUGAAGAAGCUGAGGACAUCAAUGGUGUUCGAUUCGCAUGGAAUGCAUUUCCAUCUACCAAGGUAGAAGCUGGGAAAAUUGUCGUCCCUACUGGUGCUUUGUACACACCAUUGAAACAACGUGAGGAUUUACCCAUUGCUGCAUAUGAUCCAAUCUACUGUUCCAAUCAAACAUGUAAAGCGAUUUUGAAUCCAUAUUGUGCUGUUGACCCCAAUGGAUUCUGGCGUUGUCCCUUGUGUCAAGGUAGAAACCCGUUGCCAGCACAUUAUCAUGGUAUCAAUCCCGAGAAUUUGCCAUUGGAAUUGCAAAAUACUAGCUCGACUGUUGAAUAUAUAAACUCGAGACCGGUGCAAAACCCACCAAUUUUUGCUUAUGUGAUUGAUUUGUGUCAAGACGAAGAUAAUUUACAAGCAUUGAUUGAAAAUAUUAUUGUUGGGUUCAAUCAUUUACCACCAAAUGCCUUGAUUGGGUUGAUUACUUAUGGAACCAUGGUUCAAGUGCACGAUUUGGGGUCAGAAAAGAUCAACAAGAGUUUUAUUUUCCGUGGUGAUAAGGAAUACACUGAUAAACAAAUUAGUGAAAUGUUGAAUAACCCCGUUACACCUGUAUUGAACCAACAACAACAGCCACAACAACCAUUGGCAAACUCAUUAACGAGAUUCUUUUUGCCAUUGGAAGAUGUCGAAUUUCAAUUGACCACAAUUUUGGAGAAUUUGGGCAAAGAUCCAUGGGCAGUUGCCAAUGGAGCUAGACCUUUGAGAUGUACUGGUAGUGCAUUGAAUGUGGCUAUUAACUUGUUGGGAUUAACUUUCCCAGGAUUUGGGGCUAGAGUUAUGUUGUUUUCUGCGGGGCCGGGAACUUUGAACCCUGGUAUGAUUGUUGGUAACCAAUUGAAGGAACCUAUUAGAUCUCACUCAGAUAUCGACAAGGAUAAUGCCAAACAUUUCAAAAAAGCUGUCAAGUUCUAUGACGCAAUUGCGGCCAAGGCAGUUAAAAACAGUCAUGCAGUGGAUAUUUUUGCUGGUUGUUAUGACCAAAUAGGUAUGUUGGAGAUGAAAAACUUGUGUAAUACCACCGGUGGUACUUUGUUGUUGUCAGAUGCUUUCACUACAUCCAUUUUCAAGAGAUCAUUUUUAAGGUUGUUCAACAAGGACGAGGAAGGUUAUUUGUUGAUGGGAUUCAAUGCUUCACUUGAAAUAAGAACUUCAAAAGAAUUAAAAGUGAGUGGAUUAAUUGGACAUGCUUCAUCAUUGGGAGUGAAGUCGGCAAACGUUUCCGAAAAUGAAUUGGGACUUGGCGGAACUUCAAACUAUAGACUCUGUGCCACAUCGCCACGACACACAUAUGCUGUGUUUUUCGAUGUUGCAAACACUCAACAAUUGCCACCAACUGCUCAAAGCUAUGUACAAUUUAUUACCCAUUACCAACACGCCAGUGGUACUUAUAGAACCAGAGUGACUACUGUGUCCAACUAUUUAACCAGUGACGAGCAAACCCUUACCAACUCCUUUGAUCAAGAAGCAGCAGCCGUUUUGAUGGCAAGAGUCACUUUAUUCAAAGCAGAGCAAGACGAUGGUGCUGAUGUUCUUAGAUGGAUCGAUCGCAUGCUUAUUCGUUUGUGUCAAAAAUUCGCCGAUUAUAGAAAGGAUCAAGAAGAGAGUUUCAGAUUGGGACAACAAUUUCAAUUGUUUCCACAAUUUAUCUAUUAUUUGCGAAGAUCACAAUUUUUGCAAGUUUUCAACAACUCACCCGAUGAAACUGUGUUUUAUAGACACGUUUUAUUAACCGAAGACACCAACAACUCAUUGAUUAUGAUUCAGCCAACAUUGACAUCAUUCACAUUAGAAGGUGAACCCGAAGCUGUUUUGUUGGAUUCAGUAUCGAUUAGAGACGAUCGUAUUUUGUUGUUGGACACAUUUUUCCACAUUUUGAUUUUCCACGGUAAAACCAUUGCCGCUUGGCGUAAAGCUGGGUAUCAAGAUCAAGAAGAGUAUGCCAAUUUCAAAGAAUUAUUGGAUGAACCAAAACAAGAAGCGGCUGAAUUGUUGGCUGAUAGAUAUCCAUUGCCAAGAUUUAUUGACACCGAGGAAGGUGGAUCGCAAGCGAGAUUCUUGUAUUCGAAAUUGAACCCUAGUGUUACUUACAACACCAAUGAGUUUAUUGGUGGUCUGGGCUUGGGUGGUGCAGGUGGAGCAAUUGUCUUAACAGAUGAUGUCAGUUUGCAAGUGUUUAUGAGCCACUUACAGAAGUUGGUAGUUAGUGGAUCUAGUUAG